AUGUCAGAGGCACAAGGAGCACUGCCAAAGGAGUCGAAGACGGUAACAAUAUAUGAAUCAGUUGAAGGCGGAGAAAAGACUAAAACGGACCUGCGUUCCAAGGAAGACGAGGGUGCCAUUCAGGUUGAUAAGCUAGAAGAAAAGGUGGAAGAUCCCACUGGCAAAGGUGGCCCUAUCUUUGGCUCUCCCAAAGAUGAUAACAAAAAUGAUUUGGGCGUUACUGGCACAGCCUAG